UUGCUUUAUUUUUAUCUACAAUGCAGAAUAUGUACGGAAAGGCAGCCGAAUUCUGGGCGGACUUGCGCCUUGAGCUCCUAUCAGCAGGUGAAAUCUCUGGAGAAGAGAAAGGUGUUUCAAAUCAAAUAUGGCGGCUAUAUUGGUCCAGUCAUCAGCGUUUCUUCAGGCAUAUGUGCAUGUCUGCGAAGGUCCCUGCUGUUGUGAAGUUGGCUAAGGAGGCUUUGGCUGAGAACAAAUGUGUGGUGAUUGGUCUUCAGAGUACUGGAGAGGCUCGAACAGAGGAAGCUGUCACAAAAUAUGGUGUUGAAAUGGAAGACUUUGUUUCUGGUCCCCGGGAGCUUCUUCUGAAGCUGGUGGAAGAAAAUUACCCUUUACCUCCAAAACCUGAUACUUUUCAGCAAGGUGAAGAAAAAGUCACGGAGAUCCAGCGUAAGCGGCAUUCUCCACAAGAUGUAUCUUUUAAAGGGCGAGUUAGGAAAGUAGCAAAAAUGGAAGAUGUGAGCGAUGAUGAUAGUGGUGACUAUUCUCCAUCUGAGUCAUCAGACCAUGAAUCAUCAGAAUCGGAUGAGGAGUUCCACAUGUGUCAAAUCUGCAACUCAGAGGAGGAGAAGAGUCUAUUGCUCAAUUGCUCUGGUUGUUCUCUACGUGUUCAUCCUAGCUGUCUGACACCACCUUGGACUGGUAUGUUGACUGAUGAUUGGUCAUGCUACUCAUGUAAGAAGAUAGAAGGCCAGGAAAUGGAGCAUGAUGCUAAUGUAGCUGAUUUUUCAAAGAGGUAUGACUCCGCAGUAGAGAGAAAGUUGAAGAUUUUGGAUGUCAUACGUUCCUUGGAUCUCCCUAAUAAUCCUCUGGAUGAUAUCAUUGAUCAGCUAGGGGGGCCUGACAAGGUCGCAGAAAUAACUGGACGACGUGGUAUGCUAAUAAGAGCUUCAGAUGGAAAAGGCGUUAUUUAUCAGGCGCGGAACGCGAAAGAAGUCUCAAUGGAGAUGAUCAAUAUGCAUGAAAAGCAGCAGUUCAUGGAUGACAAAAAACUAAUUGCAAUUAUAUCUGAAGCGGGAUCAGCUGGUGUUUCCCUACAUGCUGACAGAAGGGCAAAAAACCAGAGAAGGAGAGUACAUGUAACACUAGAACUCCCCUGGAGUGCAGACCGUGCAAUACAGCAGUUUGGGAGAACACAUCGCUCUAAUCAAACAUCUGCACCACAAUAUAGGCUUCUUUUUACAAAUCUUGGUGGUGAAAAGCGAUUUGCAUCAAUUGUGGCAAAAAGACUCGAGUCUCUUGGAGCUUUAACACAAGGCGAUCGCAGGGCUGGACCUUCUCUAAGUGCUUUCAACUACGAUAGCACUUAUGGGAAAAAGGCGCUAACCAUGGUGUAUAGGGGAAUAAUGGAGCAGGAUUCUUUUCCAGUUGUUCCUCCGAGGUGUUCUGACAACCAGGCCAGCAUCGAAGAAUUCAUUACUGAGGCAAAGGUUGCUCUAGUAUCAGUUGGAAUUAUAAGGGAUGCCACAGUAUGUAAGUUUAUCUAAAGACUCGGUUCCUUUCUGUUUUUAUGCUUUCAUAUGUAUGUUUAUCUAAAUACCCGGUUCCUUUCUGUUUUUAUGCUUUCAUUGCUAAAUGAAUAUUGUAUGUGUGUGCAUUUUUAAAGCUUAAUGUGCUUACAUUUCCGCCUAUUUUUGUCACCUGUUUGCUACUCCCUCUGUCCCAUAUUAAUUGACGCCCAAAUGGAUGUAUCUAGCACUGGAUACAUUCAUUUCAGCGUCAAUUAAUAUGGGACGGAGGGAAUAUCUUUCAUCUGUUUUUUUCCUGGCAUAAGUUGUUAAUACUCCCU